AUGAUUACGAAUAAAAUUUUCAAAAAUGAUAUAAAACAACACGAAAAUUUUAUUCCUAUCGAAAAUUCGGACAUCGAAAUCAAGGGUUACGUACUUAAUCCCAUCAAACUUCUGGCACUAUGGGUAGCCAUAAUUUUGACGCUUGGAACUCUGGGCCUAGUUCUAUUUUGGAAACGGGAUUGGUAUCUUAAAUGCACCCAUUCACGAACCAGGUUGGAAAAUUGUACCAAGGUACUGGUCAAAGACAAGUACGGGCAAUUGGAAGUGGAAAAGAUUUUCAUUUUGAUCAGUGCCGAUGAUAAUCAUGGUGCUAAUGCUGAAGAGAGUACGGGCAAUAAAAAGGAAGUUCAUUUCGAAAUACCUAUCUCUGGCGGCACGUUCAAGAUGUCCAAUACAGUCAGGCUAUUUCGUAACAAACGCAGAGUAUACGUGUAUGAUCCCUCUCGGGCCGUGUUUUACGAUUUGAUGGGGGUAUGGUUAGGUCAGGGUUUUUCCUUGGCCACUCUGACCGCUUAUAUAGACCUAAACAGGUUAAAAAACACCGUGGAAAACAGGAAUUCGGGUAGUAUGAACAAAAAUAUAUACUCAAGGCCUCAUCCUCCUUUAAGCGAGAGGCAGAGACAGAAGAGAAUAAUGCUAUUUGGCUCUAACAAUUUGCAUACACCCGUACCCAACUUUUUCAAGAUAAUGUACGACGAAGUGUUGACCCCUUUUUACGCCUUUCAAGCUUUUAGCGUUAUCCUAUGGUACAAUGACGACUAUUGGUUUUACGCCACCUGUAUUUUGAUAAUAUCAGUAUUGACGCUCAUUAAAUCUACCCUGGACAUCAAACUAGCCCGCACAAAAUUGAAUCGCAAUCUAUCAAGCAAUGCAGAGCCAAAUCUCAAGAAUCAAGAAUCUCACGAUCAAACUCCAACUUCUGCCUCCCACACUGUUCAAAUCGAGGUUUAUUUAGAAUCUGGUUAUUCAGGUUUAGCUACCAUCCCCAUUGUCAAUUUAGUUCCAGGAGAUAUAAUCAGGAUAGGCUCAAGGUCUUGUACCAGCGGGGCGGGUUUCUCCAUUCCGUGCGACGCGGUUCUUCUCAACGGUUCAUGCUUGGUUGAUGAGUGCAUGCUAACGGGUGAGAGCGUACCAGUAACAAAAAUACCUUUGCCUUUUGACAUCGAAGAUAAAGAUGGCGAAAAGGAAAAGCGAGAGUAUAAAAAAGCGGGAGAUUUUGGGGAAAUGGCUGACGAGGGAGGGCUUCUCUACCUACGGCAAGACGCUAGUUUAGCUCGGCAUAUCAUAUAUAACGGAACCCGGAUUUUGCAAAUAAAAAACUACCAAAUAUUCGGUGGCGAUACUAAUAAAAACAAUGAUUAUAACAACCCUAAUAAUAUCUACGAAAGUGAUGCUAUAAGGGCUUAUGUAGUAGCCACCGGAUUUGGCACGAUGAAGGGAGAAAUGGUCACAGACUUCUUGUACCCGGCUCCGAGCGUGUUCGGUUUUGACCAGGAUAGUUACAAAUUCGUUUCGGCUCUUUUUGGAUUGGCCAUUGCCGGCCUUUGCUACUCAAUUUCAUUGAAAGUCAUCCAAAAGGUUCCUGUCAAGGAGAUUAUCAUAAGAUCUCUUGAUCUGGUGACUAUAGUAAUUCCUCCAGCUUUACCAGCCGCUAUGACUGCCGGGCUCAUCUUUGCCCAGAAAAGGUUGAAACGACUUUAUGGGGUUAUCUCGCUCAGCCCCGAUAAGAUUAAGGUGUCCGGAGCUGUAGAUGUUUUUUGUUUCGAUAAGACCGGAACUCUGACGGAAGACGGGCUUGAUAUUCUAGGAGUUCGCCCAUUAAUGAUAGAUAAAGUAGAAGAAGGAUUUAAGUCUACAUCUCCCGGGAAGUGUACCUUUGCUUCUCACAUAAUUUCGGAGACUGACCCCCUUUGGUUUCAGUAUCAUCAAAACGAUGAUUUAUCAAUUAAAACUGAUUUGGAUAAUGUGAUCGCUUCCUCAUCGGUGAACGUCUUAUCGGUAUGCUGCGCCGUGUGUCAUUCAUUGGCCAUUAUAGACGAAAAACUUGUCGGGGACCCGUUAGAGAUCAAGAUGUUUAUCUUCUCCGGAUGGUCCAUGUCAGACCAACAAUAUCUUUAUAACCACCGUAGUGAAACUUGUUCAUUAGAUUUUUCAAAUAAUAAAAACACUAACGCCAACGACAAUAGUUUAUUGGUCAGAGCCAUUUACACUCCACCUUUGCAAACCUCCUCGAGCUUAAAUUGCCCAGACAAGGAUGUAUCUCUAAAUAUCGACCCAGAAAUAGCUGAACUUUUGUACUCCGAUCUUAGCUCCAGAUAUCAGUACGGGGUAAUCCAUACUUACCGUUUCCUUCCCUCUUUGCAAAGGAUGAGCGUAGUAACUAGACGUUUAUUGGGACAAAAUUUCGAGUUGUACUGCAAGGGAGCACCUGAGAUAGUGCGAUCUUUGUGCCUUGAAACGAGUAUACCAAUCAAUUUCGAUGAGGAGCUCGAUGCCCUGACUAAUUGCGGCUACAGGGUUAUAGCCUGCGCUCAUAAAAAUCUGCACCAUUUUAAGCUGACCGGAAUUAAGAAGUGCUCUAGAACUCAGAUGGAAAAAGAUAUGACGUUUAUAGGAUUCCUUAUAUUUCAAAACAAGCUAAAACCCCAAUCCAUGCCUACACUAGAUAUACUAAACAAAGCCGGCCUUAAAAAUGUUAUGAUCACCGGCGACAAUAUACUUACCGCUUUAUCGGUUGCCAAAGAAUGUCAUCUUAUACCCGAGAACUCCACUCGCGUUUACAUAGUAGACGCUAUCAGUUCCGUCAUAUCAAAUGGUUCCAAAAAUAACGCGUACCCCUCAUUGCACAUCACUCUGACUCCUAGAUCCCUGCUCCCCAAAAGCUUAACGACUAAGAAUGAUCUGUACGAUGACGAGUUAUUUGAUGGUUCACCCAGCACAACUACAAAUAACCCUCCUUGGUUUAAUUUUAUGAAAGUAUGGAAUUAUUUCGAAUGCUUUAAUUCCCCAAAAUUAGCCCCGGACAUGAAAGAAUCCAACAAAAUUUCAACUCGUUUUUAUUAUUCCCAUGAAAUUUGCAAGCGGUUACAUAAGAUAUUAUUUAAGUUGACUGGCAGGAACAGGAUCUACAGCACCAAUGCACACGACAAUCGUUGUAGGGAAAUAUUUGGUAAUCGCGCCAAUAUCAAAUGCGUUGUAAACAUGCUCAAGGAAAAUGGGGGCCAAGGAAACGUAUUCGUGAACCAUCCCAACCACCAACCCUUUUCUAAUCUAAUCAACAAAUCAAAUAAUAGCAAAUUUGUGGGGGAUAUAGAAUUUUCGAAUGAAUUUAACAGCAAUCAAAUCGUUUAUGCUAUGACUGGCCCAACCUUUAAAACGCUCGAAAAAUUUUACGAAAAUAAAACGCAGCACCAGAUAAAAAUUUCGCUGAAGGGAAGAGUUUCAAAACCGAAAGACGGCGAUUUAAAUCAUUCAAGCGAGCCUAUUAUACACCAGUCCCUUGUAGGGUGCGAUAUAAUUAAUAAUUUUAAAUGCAGAAACAAAAAUCCAGACUUCAUACCUAUGAAAGAUAUUAACAAUAAUAAUAGCCAGUACACGAGUAACCAUAACGAUGCCACUAAUAAGGUUACAUCAGAUAGAGUCCCCUCCUCUCAUUUUUUAGACCGGGAUAUUUCCAACGAUAUUCCUUCCACCUUAUCUCUGGGUAAUGAGGAUCUACUUCUUGCCUCAAACACAAAUAGUCCUAUCUCAACCUGUCAAUCAGACAUAUUGGAGUUCGAACCCGAUUUGAUCGAUCGGUUUUUGAUAGACGGUUGUUGUGUGUUUGCUCGUAUGACACCUGAAUGCAAAACACGCUUAGUUCAGAGGUACCAACGCUUAGACUAUUAUGUGGGUAUGUGCGGUGAUGGGGCCAAUGACUGCGGAGCUCUCAAGGCCGCUCAUAUGGGAGUCUCCUUGGCCGUGUCUGACCAUCUACCCGAAGAAGAUAUUAUAGAUGAUGGCGAUAAGUUUUCAAAAAAGGAUAAGGAGAUUCAAGCCAAUGUCCGUGAUCCUCUUAGCAAUAAUAACGGAAAUGAAAAGUUUAGAGGGCAACUAAAACGAGCCUUUAAUUGUUCGAUCUCGAGGAAUGAUUACACUCAUAAGAUAAAAGACAGUUCAACAGGCACAGCAUCCUUAGCGGCACCUUUCACUGCUACCCAGGGCAACAUAUCUUGCAUUCCAGGAAUUAUUAAGGAAGGUCGAGCAUCCCUAGCCACCUCCUUCUGCGUUUUCAAGAAUAUGGCCUGUUAUAGUCUUAACCAAUUUCUAGCCGUGCUCGCCUUAUAUUGGUUUGGGACUAAUUUCAGCGAUGUCCAGUUUACCUUUGCCGAUUUUUUUCCAGCUACCGUGCUUACUAUGCUUAUGGGCAAUACCAGGGCUAAUCCACAGCUUCCUACAGUUCGGGCUCGGUCAGAUGUAUCAUCUUUCUCUCAUAAAUCAAAGGCUAAAUUUAACCCUUCGCCUAACGGAGAUUUAGAAAAUAUGUCUUCAUUGAAAUUGAACCAUAUAGAUCGUUAUAAAGAAAAACGUCGAUACAAGAACUACAUGGAAGACUUAAAUAAGUACAAGCCUGACACUUCUCUGGCUCAGGCUCUCCAUGUGGGUUCCGUAUUUGGCCACAUCGUUAUUAAUUCUUUAUUUCUAGCAGCUGCCUUGAUCUACACUUUUAGACAACCUUGGUCUCACAAGGUAAUCGUACCUGAGAGUGACUUCAAAAACCCUUAUUAUAUUCACGUUGCGUCUGCGGUGUUUAUUUUAUCCUUCUUUCAAUACCUCAUAUUUACUGUGGUUCUUUCUAAGGGUGCGCCUUUUAGGAGGCCUUAUUACAGCAACUUUCCCCUCUUAAUCAUCACCGCACUACUCUUUUUAUUCUGGGUAUAUCUCACAAUAGGAAAACCUUAUUCGUAUUUAAUAUUGGAUCGGUUUUUUGAGCUGAAAUAUCCACCCACUGUUUUCCCUUCUCUCUUUUACCUAACUUUGGCACUGUGCAAUUUUGGGGUAUCUAUUUUUUUUGAGCACAUUUUACUCGACAAAUGCUUAGCUGUUUACCUACGGAACCGCAAUAUAUUUCUGAGGCCUAGCAAACUACCAAAGUACCUUACAUUUGCCAGUUUCUCUGAGGAAUAUUGCAUAGGGCAGAAUAUGUAA